CUUGUAAAUUAGGAAAAAUUUUGCUCAUAUCUAUUAAUCAAUAAAAAUGAUUAGUACGGUGUACAUAAAUUCUAAAAAUAGAAAUCACGUGACACAAUAUUUGGAAGGGCAUAUGUCAAAUUGAAAACGUGUUUAUAUAAACCCCUGCAAAGUGUAUCUGGUGAAGUAUUUAAAGUGAAGUUGAUACCCUAAAACAAUGGGAAACUCUGGAUCAGGUUCAGCUGUCAAUAUGGAUAGUCCUGAGGGGAAGUUGAUUACAUCAGAGAUUCAGAGUAACUGUGUGGUGAUAUUUUCUAAAAGUUGGUGUUCUUACUGCAGUGCCUCGAAACAGUUGUGUCAGAAACUUGGAGUGGAUGCACGAGUUAUUGAACUAGAUAAGAGACAAGAUGGAGGUGAUAUACAGAAUCUCCUAGGAGCAAUGACUGGCGCAUCAACGGUUCCAAGAGUGUUUAUUAAUGGGAAAUGUGUUGGUGGGAACUCAGAGUUUCAGCAGUUGAACAAAUCUGGAAAAUUGCCUGAACUGCUUGCAGAAUGUGCCAGUACAUAACAACCUGGGAGAAUUUCACCUGGCAUCUGUCCUAGAUUGUUGUUUUUAAAAGAUUUCUGUAGAAGAUAUAACUGGCUGUGAAGAGUUCAGAAUUGAGGACUCUAUAUACAUAAUUUUAACUGGAUGAACUUGAUUUAUUACAGUAAUAUUAUGGAACUGUGAAAUGUGUUGGUUUGCUAAUCAAAACUUGCCUAUCUA